AUGGCUUCAAUCUUGCGCGACACCGUCUUUGAGCUCAUCAGACGCGAGGCUGCAGACGCCGACCCUGAUGAGCCCGAGGCUGGCCAGAAAGAGAUCUUUGCAUCAUGGUCGCUCUUCAUUCUCAUCAUGCUGCUCAUUGUCGCUCUCUUCACAAGUUACAUGCUCCAGACGAGGAAGAUCCAGGCCGUACACGAGACCGUCUUGUCCAUCUUUGCAGGAAUGGUCAUUGGCCUUAUUCUUCGUCUCACCGCUGCCCAAUCCGUACUCGGCGCCGUCAGUUUCGACUACCAAUUCUUCUUCAACCUCCUCCUCCCACCCAUCAUCCUAGCUUCGGGCUAUGAACUACACCAAGGGAACUUCUUCCGCAAUAUUGGAACCAUUCUUACUUUUGCUUUCGCCGGCACUUUCAUCUCUGCCAUGGUCCUGGGCCUAGUCCUCUACGUCUGGACCCGCAUUCCUCUCGAGGGUCUGGACAUCACCUUUGUCGAGGCCAUCUCUGUCGGCGCAACUCUCUCCGCUACCGAUCCUGUCACCAUCCUCGCCAUUUUCAACACUUACAAAGUCGACCCACAACUUUACACCGUCAUCUUCGGAGAGUCAAUUCUCAACGACGCCAUCGCCAUUGUUCUCUUCGAGACUGCUCAAAAAUACAGGGAGGGUGCUGCCAAAGGUCAUUUGACCAUCUUGAGUCUCUUCGAGAGUAUCGGUGUCUUCUUGCUUGUCUUCUUUGGCAGUUUGAUGAUUGGCCUGGUCGUCGGCAUCGGUACGAGUUUGUUGCUCAAGUAUACUCUUGUCAGGCGCUUCCCAAAGAUUGAGAGCUGUCUCGUCGUUCUCAUUGCAUAUGCGUGCUACUUCUUCUCUAACGCCAUCCACAUGUCUGGAAUCGUAUCUCUCCUGUUCUGCGGAAUCUGCAUGAAGCACUACGCUUACCACAAUAUGUCUCGUCGCACGCAGCUAACAACAAAGUUCAUUUUCCAGGUCAUGGCCCAACUCUCUGAGAACUUCAUCUUCAUCUACUUGGGUCUUUCGCUCUUCACAGAAGCUGGACUGGAAUACAAGCCUCUGUUCAUUCUUGUCACUGUGGUUGGAAUUUGUGUUGCUCGAUACUGCGCAGUCUUCCCACUAUCGAAAGCUAUCAACUAUUUCAUCCGGUACAGAGCCCGUAAGCUUGGCCGCGAGGAAGCCGACGUUUUGCCAAAGAACCAUCAGAUGAUGCUUUACUGGGCUGGUCUUCGCGGUGCUGUAGGUGUUGCUCUGGCUGCUGGCCUCCAAGGUCCCAACGGAUUCGCAUUGCGUGCUACUGUGCUGGUCGUUGUGGUCUUGACUGUCAUCAUCUUUGGCGGCACUACGGCGCGUAUGCUGGAGAUUCUAGAGAUCCGUACUGGAGUCGUGGAAGAAAUCGACAGUGACGAUGAAUUCGAUAUUGAGGUAGUGCCAGGAUCCAAUGGCACAUUUUCUAAGAAGGGUGGAUCUGGUUUCGGACACAACCCUCGCUCAAGCGUUGGCGGUAUUUCUCUGGCCAGUGUUGCAAAUGGGCGACCACGUGCAGAGAGCAGGUCGAAUAGAGCAGCUCUUUACAGCACUAGCAAUGCCAGUAGCCCUCCUAUUCGUCCUGGUGAUGGACUUGGCAGAAGAGCAAGCAGCAGAAGUGCACGAGAGCAGGCUGCGGCCGAACAAGGUCUGCUUUAUCCAGACCAAAAUGGAGAUGCGUCUGACGAUGAUGAAUCAGGGCUCGACUUGCCACCAUCAGCUAGACGAUCACCACUCAAGGAUACAUUCCCGACGGUAUCUGGCGAAAAUACGCCAUACGCCGAUGACAGAGCUAUGGAGGCAGGUCAGGCGGAUUCAGGCCAACUCACUGCUCGCGGAGCGUUCAGUCAAUUGAUGAAUGCAACGACUGAAGAUGCGGGUACUCUGUUCUCGAGGAUCGACGAGGGCUUCAUCAAGCCACAUUUGUUGUUAGAUCCUGGCGGUACAAGAUCUCCUCGUCCACACGGAGGUGCAUAG